GAGCCGUGCCGUGCCGCCCCCGAGCCUGGUCCUGCCUCUGUAGCGCAGCCCCGGUGCGUGCGUGGAGCGCGGAGCGGCGGUGCCGAGGCGGUGCGUGCUCUCGGUGUUGUUGUUUGCUUUUGUGAAGAGCUGUAUCUGCUUGCAGAAAAAAAAAAUGGAGCCUUCGCUUCCUAUCCCUAAAUGACUGCUCGGCAGUAAGUGGUGCUACGCUUGAGGAAAGCUGCGUUUCCACUGCGCUGCUGAGCAGAAAUAUGAGGUGGACGCAUGACAAUUCAUUUCAAGCCAACCUUCAGUUAUUCUAGCGCGUCCCCCAGGUGCUGCAGAUUGCAGUCUCACUGCCUGCCUUCAGAAGGCUCCUCUGGAAUACCUCUCUUGAAUGGAGUUCUCCAUUAUCCUUUUGCGGCACAUAAAUACGGUCUCCAGCAGCCAUCAACAAGUCGAUUUGCUAGUCCUUCUGUCUGCUUCACCCUGCACUGAGCUAUGUCUAGGAAAGGCAUUUUGUGAGGCCGCUGUGUUGAGCACAUGAUGACAGAAAUAAUUGCAUCAAUUGCCCAAUUUUGCAGAAGGCACGAAUUUGCUCGGCGUCUGAAUGAAAGGCGAAUUCUUCCCAGUGCAAGGCGCCUUGCAGGGCUUUGCAUCCUUCUGCCUGUCUAUGGGAAUAUACAGGAAUGCAGGGCAGAUAACGCUAAUGUUGCAUUCUAUCUAUUGGGGAAGUAAGCAAUCCAAUUAAGAUUUAUUUCAGAAAUGAACUUUUAAUGCGCAAAUGGAACAACUCAAUUGGGGAAUCCUACGUAGGUUCCUUGUGGAAACCCACCCUGCCCUGCAGAGCCAUGGCACCUAGAUCUGCAGGUUCUCCUUUCUCCACUGAGAGUGAUGCUUAGCUUUCCACCUGUAGCCCAAAGUACUUCAUGGAGAUUUCCUGUUCUGAAAUAUCCAGCUCCUGCCAGAGGAGUGACCUGUGACUCCUCAAGAAGUUUGGAAGAGGUGAACUCAGUACCAUUUUGCAGGUCAGGAAGCUGAUGCACGAGGGGUUCCCUGGUGUUACCACCACACUGAGAGUGCAGCAAGGAACCGAACCCACGCCACAUGAGUCCCAGCCGUGUGCUGUGUGAAGCCACAAAUAGUCCUCACAAGCCUUCCAGAGCACAUAUUAUAUUUUGCAGACUGGGACAUACAGGCCCGAGGUGUUAAGUUUCUCCUCACUUAGCUGGUAAAUGGAAACCAGUUGCUUUGGUGUAAAAUGCAGUCGUGGGGAGAUGUUGCCUUCUGCAGUAAAUAAUAAAAUCAGUACGUAAGUAAGUAAUAAUAGGUAAUAAGAAGUGUAAAUCUGUACUUCUCUGAUCGCAUGCUCCUUCUGUCCCAAAGGAAGGAUUUGUGUGUGUCAGUUGUAUGUGUUCCAGAUCAGGAGACUGACUUUACAAUUUGGUUGGAAGUGAGGUGUUGUUUCGUAGGCCUGAAAUAGGUUCGGGCUUGUUUUGGAGAACAGCAUUACAUUUAAAUAUAGUUUCUUUUCUGUGUUCAAAGAAGACUGAAAAAAUUCGGUGAGAAACCAAAUCAACAGCUGGGUGGAGAAUUGCUCUCGAGUAAGCAUGUCUGCAGUGCUUCUCGGCACAUUUGAAGCAUUCUGUAUGGCCGAUCAGCUCACCAUAGCUUUUGAAGCUCCAUUCAUUGCAGUUGGAGUAGAUGACCCUUAAAGGUCUCUUCUGACUCAGAGGAUUCGAUGUACGUUUCUGAGGGUAUCUCCUUAAGAUGCUUGGCUCUCCUGAGUGCUGCCAUCUUCUUGGAAACUGCUCUUUGAGAGCCCGUUCCUUCUGUGCAGCUGCGGACCUGCAUGGAGAGGACAGUGCUGCUGCACCCUGCUUUGGGCAGGAGGCACUGCUCGUCCCAAAGCUGCACCCCGCUGGGUGCAGUAACUGAAUGAUUCCACUGAAGUAAGAAGAAAGGGCGGUUUGUGUUGAUACUGUUAGUAGCUCGAGGUCCAGACUUGCUGAGAACUUGUGGAAAGGAGGCUGAGUAAAUGCAGUGAGUUGUUGUUGUCCCCUGAAACUGUAAAUGCUCCUGGAGCAAAUGCUGCUAACCACAUUAGUAACCUGACAUGUUAUUUCCAGAGGUGUUCGCUCUUGGCCUAACUGCUGCUAUUUCGGGUCAUAAGUUCCAUCCUAGGUUGCAGUGGAAGCAGGAGAAAGGCCAUUGGAAGAGACCACACCCCAUGAAUGUGGCCUGUGCUUCUGUAACAACUGCAUUUGUGAUAAGCCCUUGCCUCGGAAGCACCCAGAGAGCAGCACAGUGUUUGCUGCUCCCCAGGAGAAGCAGGGGCCCUGCAGAAAGCCAUCGUGUUUCAGCUCAGGCCCUUCUCUUUUCUUUCACUUUCGUAAAGCUGGCUUCCUGCCUCUACUGCGGCUGCUCAUCUGUAAUCUUGUUUUGUGAUUAGGGAGUGCUCUGCCCAGAGAGAAUUGUGCUGGUCAGGCUCAGCUCUCAAAAAGCAGGGGGGGAAACUGCCUCACGCUGACUGGGAAUCGCCUGUGAGCCCACACUGGUGAGGAUGGCUCUGCUCAGUGCUGUUUGGGGGGUUUGAAGCAGAGAUGUUCCGUGGCAGACAGCCCAAUUUGUGCAAGGGAACGAGGUGUUUUCAGGCAGAUCCAACUCUGCAACAUGCACCUAGGUACUCUCACCAAGGAGAAUCACAGAAUGGCUUGGGUCGGAAGGGACCUCAAAAGUCAUCUGGUCCCAACCCCUAGCUGUGGGCAGGGCUGCCACCCACCAGAUCAGGCUGCCCAGGGCCCAUCCAACCUGGUCUUGUGCAGCUCCAGGGGCAUCUGAGAACAUCCACACUACACCCAACCUCUGUGGGUUUCCGAAGCAUUCUCUGGGCGGGAGUCUGGACCCUAUUUUAGCACAUGGUGGGUGUUGUUGUUUUUUUGUGUUUUUUUUAUUUUUUUAUUUUUUUUAAUCUUUCUGGGUUGCAUAGCAACAGCAGUAUUUCCAGCAUGCUAACAAAAACAGGAGCAAGUUUAAGAUAGAACUGAAUUGGAUGCUGCCUCUUCUUGAAACAGGCGUUUUGCUUCCAUCCUGCCUCCCUGGAUAACAGACACUGAAAAACUGGUGAUGUGGGAGCGGGGCUGUGGGCCAGGAGUGCCCCAUAGAAGCUUUUCAUUUGGGUUCCUUCUUUGCUGUGUGGGCGGCUACUGCAAGGGAGGCGCAGCCACCUCUGUGCAGGCAGGCUGCGCUGCAGGAAUGUUCUAGGAGGAGAACCCCGAGUAACCACUUGAGAUAGGAAAAAUUGUUCUUGGAGGCAGUAAGAGGGGGAAAAAAAAAAAAGAGAAGAACACAAGUGUAGUAGGUCUGCAUUUCAAUCCUUGGCAUUCAAAUGAGUGACUUUUUAAAAAUAUCUUCAGAGGUUUUGGUUUUGGGGCCUGGGGGUGGGGAGGUUAGUUAAUUUGACAGUCUUUUCUCCUUCCUCAUGCCCAAAGAUAAUUAUAGCAGAGGCUUGGUAAGGAAGGAGAUUAAGCGUGUGCCAGCUUUUCAUUUUGGGGAUGCAACUUUCAGCCUUUGUUUGAUAAUUGAAAACGAGCAGUCGCACCACAUCUGUUCUCAAUCACACGAACCACUGAACGGGAUGGCAUGAAGGCCGCAGUGUGCGGCAGCAGCGGUGACAGCAGCGAGAACUGAGCUGUGCGUGGGUGCCUGUGUGUCCCACUGGAUCCUUGUCCCCAGCUCAGGGUGCCGAUCGUCUGCUGCCCCUAUCAGUGCCAGAGAGCGUAGAUGGAACACAUCCGUGUCUCUGCAGGGACAAUAUUAACUUAGCACUAAGGAGCCGCGUGAGUCUUGCCGUGCUCGGAUCCCUGCUGCCUGACUCACCAAUAAAGCAUCUUCAUCAUAUUGUUUCAUUAUAAUUAGAUGGGAGGGGAAGGGGAAUAUCAGCUAUAAAAGUUUACUGAACGUGCAUUUAACUCUUCAGGUUUUUUUAAAAACCAUAGCCUUUUUGUUUAUUUUUAGCACAGUUCUGCUGUCCUCGUGCUAACUCAUUUAUUUCAAAAUGAAGAUCUGCUUGUGAUUUCUUUUUUGACUACAACUGGUCUAAAUUUCUGAUGGCACACUAAGUUACUAAAUAUUUGAUAGAGAAGGCUCUGCAUUCCAAUAGCACGCCCAUUACGUGGCUUGGCUUAUCUAUGUGGAAAUGUUUUCUUGCUUUGCAUAGAGCUCUGUACUUACUGAAUUGUGUUUUCGUAUUGAAUCUGCUUUUUGCUGUGCUAUCCAAACAGGAAAUGUAAACAUUAAUCAGUGCGUAGAGACUUAAGGAUGUAGCUUCCGGAGGAAAUCCUACGGCUGUGCAAAAUUGCUGUGCCUGGAGAAGGAAUAUGCCAUGCAGAUCGUGGUCUUGAUGUUCUGGUCUUGCUCGUGGCUGGCUUGCGUGCCUGACUCAUGGUGUCUGGGGGAGGGAGCCAUCUGAGACGUGGGUGAGGUGAUGGGAGGUGGAGGGGGAAGAUGCAAGGCAGCAGCACUGGGGUGAGCUCUUGUGAAUUUAACCCAAAACUUAAGUGUAGUCUGAAGCAACGUUUAAACAAGCUAUGCAAACUGAAGAAUUCUUGGUCUGGGUUAUGUUUGGGAUUUCUUCUGUGUGCAAAAUGGAUCCUUAUUCUCCAGCAUGGAAGACAGUAGAGUAAAGGAAUAGCGUACUUUGCGGCCAUGAUGUUGUGUCCAGUGGUGGUGCGUGUUCCUGUUUCUCCACGUGGCAGUGUGUGUCGUUUCAGAGGUUUAAUUUUCAACAUUAAGAUUCUUGGAACCCUGAGGGUAGUUAGAGAGAUCAGGGGACUUCAGUUGUAUCUUUUAGGGGUAAGUGGAGUGAAUAUCCCCUCUACAGCAGGGUUCCUCAGAGCUCUACAAAUUUCCUACCCAAGCAGCUGCAAUUAUUCAAGGAUGCACUUGAAUGCAAAUUCUUGCUUGUCACUCUGGAAUGCGGUGUUGAUUCUCAGAAGGGCUUGCUGGCAAUAUGUAUUAAACAAUUUUGGGGGGAUGAAAAUUCAUUUUAGCCAAAAUUUUCAUGGUUGUUAGGCUUCAAUUCUAAUGGUUAAUCUCUGCGGAGUUAGUCCAGUAAUACCAUGAAUGGGAAGCACUGAAAUUCUUGGAGCAGAACGUGCAUUGCUUUACUUACGGAUUCGUAGCUUAUGAAAAUAACUACAGAAUCUGAGAGUAACUGUAUGGAAGUGGAGUACAUAACCCAUGAUAUGGAAGUCUCUUGGGAGCUUUCAUAUACAGAAAGGCUGUUGUGUGCAGGAGUGUUGAGAGCAUGGAGGCAUUGAAAUGAUUAUUGGUUGAAUAAAAGAAAGACGUUUUCCUUGAAGGACAGUAUUCACUUGUAAAUAGCUGCUCCAUUGAAAACCAUUUUGUGCAGAAUAGUUUUAAUUAUAUUUGACUGAAUUAUUAUUUGUGGCUCACAUCACUCCUUGCCUGUAUUAAUGUUUCAAAGAUUACAAGAUACAGAUUUUGAAUCAGCUCCUGAAAACACAGAUUUCAGUCAGAGUACUUCUGCUGUGCCGGCUGCCAAACUUGAGAGGACAUAGAAACAGGGAUGCUGCAGAGCUGCCUCAUCUUUAAGCAGCUCUCAUUCUCCUGAGACCUUCUCAGAACUGCAGAGGAGCAGAAUGAGUGGCAGUGACAGUCAGCAGUGGGAAUUCCUUGAGAUUUCAGGAGGAAGGUUCUCACAGUGGAUGGUGGUCAGACUGGAGGAGGUUGCCCACAGAGUUGUGCAGUGUCUGUCCUUGGAGUGACCUGACACUGGGCUAGAUGGUGCCAUCAGCAGCCUUCUCUUGUUGGCUCUGCUGCCACUGGGAGGUUGGAGUAAGUGAUCUAUGGAGUUCCUUGCCUGCCUCAAUCACAGCAUGAUCAUAUUCGGUAACCUGAAGAGGCAUAAACAGCUCUUGAGUUCAAAAUGCAUGACACAAAAUUAAGUCAUGGUAUCAAGCUGCUUUAAAAGUGAAAGAAUCAUUUGGGUCGGAAGGGACCUUUAAAGGUCAUCUAGUCUGACUCCCUUGCAGUGAACAGGGACAUCUACAGCUUGAUCAGGUUGCUCAGAGCCCAGCCUGGGCUGAUCUUGAAUGUUUCCAAGGAUGGGGUGUUCACCACCUCUCCGGGCAACCUGUUCCAGUGCUUCCUUAAAAGUAAUGUGGGGCAACACUCUUAGUAGUGCCACCAGUGUGAGGUCAUUCUACAGUCAGAGGUUUCAAAUGGGAAAGAAAAAUGCGUGUAUGCAAUCUCAGUUCAAUAGUUUUUGAUCUUAAUUCUUACAGAAGUUGUAUUGCUGCUGCUGCAGUGCACUAAUUACUUCUUGUUGCAUCGUGCAAAUCACAAAUGAGAGAUACUUCUGCAAUUUGCUACCCAGGGAUGGCCAAAAGUUCACUGACACACAGUGGAGCACAAAAAUAGUUCUGUUGCGUCAUAAAAUUAAUUAUCUACAUUUCAAUUAAGGAUUAUGUUUUGAAGUUAAGAGCCACUAUGUUACCCCUUCAGUUUUUAAUGACUUGUAUACAUUUUAAUGCAGAAAAUAUUAACAUUAUUGAUAGGUUUAAUCUGCAGGAAAUGUUGGGCUGUUAAGCUGUAUCAAAUACAUGCUUGGUUUGACGUGUGUUUGCAGGGAGGGGUGCAGAACUGUCUCAUCUCAUGACCUACACCAACACUGAGAGGGCUGAAGAGGCCAAAUAUUCACAUUGCAGCAUGGGUUAUUAACUUCUUAAUUGCAGUUAUAUGUAGUUAAAGGUAAUUCAAGCAAUAAACUUUUUUCUGUCUUGUUUAUUGUGGGAGUUGAAUUUGCUAACGUGACCGUUUGCCAGCUGGAAGCAAUGUACUUUAGGAGUUGACCUCAAAAUAUUCCAUGAAAGGAGGCCAAAUCCUAUUAAACAGGACAUCUAUGCUUCUCUUAGCUUAAGGUGCAAGGCUUUGCUGGGGCUCACAGAUAAAGGCUGUUGUAACCAUCAGUAAUUCUGUUCUUAGAACUUCAGUUGCAUCGAAGCAGUAAGCGGGAUCUAAAGAAAAUGGCUGGGAAAAAAACACAAGUUUGGGAAUGUGCCACUUCAGUUUGGCAGGAGAUACUUAAAAUUGAAAACCGAAAGGAAACAGUGACAUCACAGACCUUCAAAAACCAGUAUGGUUGAAAAAAGUUUGGGGGAAGGUUUACUUUAUCCUGGUAGUUUCAACAUUUGCAUUGGUAGUGCAGCAAAGGUAAUGUAAGUCUGUGGUCACGGGCAUGCAGAAAGAAUAAUACAUUACAUAAAUCACAGAUGACUGAGCUAGCGUGUUCAUAAAGGGCAAUUUACUUCAUGAAGGAUUAGUGAAUUCUAGUUUUAGUUGCUCUAAAAUUAAUUUAGCAGUUAAGCAAUUGCAUUUAGAAGUUCAGUCCUAUCCUAGGCAGCCCUUAGUAGGGUUAAUCCUUAAGUACAAGACAUUUGCUGGUAAUAUUUUUGAGCACCAGAAUAAUUUCACAGUGUCUCCUUGGCUGUUUAGGGAUUAACUCAUGAAAAUGAAGGAGGAGGUUGACUUUCUUUGGUGUCCAGUACUGAAAGUAAGUGCCGUGGCUGAAAUGCUUUGUGAUAUUCAUAAUGAUCAGUGGGGAGUUUGUAUGAGCUAGAGGCAGGGAUCGUUAUAUGGGCCUAUUUCAACAAACUCAGAGAUGUCAAAACUCAGAUUUUCUGUUGUUAUUAUUUGCAGUCUCACUUUCAUCUGUGGUAGGGAGAGAAGAGGAAGAGGCUGAGCACAGAACCCAGUGGAAGGCAGGCUGGUGCAGUGCCGUGUUCUUCCACGAUGCCUGCUUGGGAGGUAUUGUUCCCUGUGAUAACACGCAUGUAUCAAGGUUAGAAGAGACAGUGCACAAAAACAGCGUGCAUCUGCUUUUGUUGCUCAUACAAGAGAGAAGAGCUGAUGCGUGGCAAGGUCCUCACGCUCUGCAGUGUGUUACAGAGAGGCACCCUGCAGUCUCUCUCCUCAGCCACUGCAGCACCCUUCCAGCGAGGCGUCACCCUGCAAGCAGCAGCGUCGUGCAUGCUGCUGGCAAGCUGCAGCUGCCUGUGAUCAGUGAGCUGCUGCCUUCCCUGUUUAACCUCUCGUCCCGUCUCUCCCAGCCCCGUGCUGCGUCAUGGCCACAAGCUGGGGCUGUCAACCCCCCAUGUGGUGUUAGGAAAUCUCUUCUGCCAUCAUGCAAGCAUCGGCGUCUUGCUCCAAUGUAUGGGCAUCGCAGGGAUGGAGAGGGCGGCCAGGCCCCAGAUAGGUCAGCGCUAAAUUAAUUUGGUGACUUCAUCGUGCUGGCUAACUGGAUGCCAGCCCUGCUGGAGCUCCCAGGCUGCACGCUGCUUUUUGGACUUAAAAGGUGGAAAGGCCAAAGCAACAGCGGGACGGAGACUGUGCUGCUGCACUGCAGCCUAAAUCCCACCAUGGGUGCCAGCGGACUGGAUGCACACGCGCCCUUGCCGGAGCGCUUAAUUUUCCCUUAGCUGAGUUGGGGAAUGGCGGUCAACGUGUACUCUACCUCUAUCACCCAAGAGACUAUGAGCAGACAUGACAUCAUCGCAUGGGUUAAUGAUAUAUUAGCUUUAAACUACACAAAAGUCGAACAGCUCUGUUCAGGAGCAGCUUACUGCCAGUUCAUGGACAUGUUGUUCCCUGGGUGUAUUAGCUUGAAGAAAGUAAAGUUCCAAGCAAAGCUGGAACAUGAAUACAUUCACAACUUCAAGCUUCUGCAAGCAUCAUUUAAAAGAAUGAAUGUGGAUAAGGUAAUUCCAGUGGAAAAACUGGUCAAAGGACGCUUCCAAGACAACUUAGAUUUCAUUCAGUGGUUUAAGAAGUUCUUUGAUGCUAACUAUGAUGGGAAGGAGUAUGAUCCUGUGGAAGCUCGACAAGGCCAAGAUGCUCUUCCCCCACCAGAUCCUGGUGAACAAAUCUUUAAUCUGCCCAAAAAGUCUCACCAUGCAAACUCUCCUACUGCAGGUGCUGCUAAAUCCAGUCCAGCUUCUAAACCGGGAUCAACACCUUCUCGCCCAUCUUCAGCAAAAAAGGCUGCACCAAGCAGCUCAGCAUCCAAAUCAGAUAAAGAUUUGGAAACUCAAGUCAUACAGCUCAGUGAACAGGUACAUUCGUUAAAACUUGCACUUGAAGGAGUGGAGAAGGAAAGGGACUUCUACUUUGGCAAAUUAAGGGAGAUUGAACUUCUCUGCCAAGAACAUGGGGGAGAGAAUAAUGACCUUGUCCAUCGGCUAAUGGAAGUCCUCUAUGCUUCAGAAGAACACGAGAGCCACACAGAGGAGCAUGAAGGAGAAGAGCAGGUCCACGAACAGCCCCAGCAGCAGGAGGAGUACUGAUUCACGCAGCGUCUCUGACAAUUUUCAUUUUGUGUGAGAACUUUCUUCUGGAGAAUGGAACAUGUGUGGCCUCAAACUUGAAAUCAGUUCACUCCCAGUCUGCCAUUAACAUUUAUGUACCAUAGUGAGUGCCAGCCAACCACUGCAUUCUGUACCCAUACUUUGCCAAGAUGCGUUUGCAGAAGUCUUCUUUCAAUGUAUCCUCCUGAGAGGCUGUAGGGCUACAUCACCUACUGUACAUCACUGCAACUUCACCACUUGGCUGCUUGAGAUUUGUUCUGCUCUUUAAGAAAAUAUAUAUAUUUAUUUUUUUUUCUUUUUGUCUUAAGUAUGAUACACUUGUAACUUGUUCUAACAUAUUUAUAUUGGCAUUUUGUGUGGCAAGAAGUACCGUACCACUAGCUGUGUCUCUCACUUUGUGGUGCUUUGGCGUUUUCUCGUACGUCUGCCCUGGGGCGUAAAUUUGGUCAAACAAUUGGAAUAAAGGGAUGCAGUGGAAGUCAUGUUCAAGCCAUAACGAUGAGAUGUGUUGUGGAGGAAAAUGCUCGUGUUGCUCACGUUUGUUCCUUUCCUGCCUUUACCAGAUGGGGGGCAAAGCAUCUGUUUCACUAGGAGAGAUUUAAAGCCUUGUGUUAGAAAGCUGCAUGGUAUGUUUUUUGGCUUAUUUCUGGAGGACAGACAUCCACUUAAGUUCUUCAAAACCUUCCUGGUUUCUUGACUAGUCAAUAGACAUUUCCCAGCUUUUCUUCCUUCCUGAGGAAUUCUGCCCCCGCCUGCAGCUGCAGCUCUGCCUCCACAGGGCACAGUGCUGACGGAGGUGAAGAAAUCUCCUUGACACAAGUGUAGCUGCAGAGCACCAUCUCUGCCAUCACACUUGGCUCCGCACCCUCAGAAGAGGACAAAGUAGAGCAGCUGUUUCCUUCCGCUCUGCUGCCCCCACCAUACAAGCAUGGAUGAGGAAACCAACCACAGAACCAGCCCUGAAAACCUCCCAACCCCCUGAAAGUGGUGAUGAGCACGUCGUGGGUGCCGAAGCUGCUUCUGAAGCAUGAAGAGGUGUCAAGAAGUCCUCGUGGAGGUGAUGUGCCCAUCCAAUUGGCUGAGGGCACCACACUCGGCUGAGUCCUCCAGCGAGGCCGGCAUGCUGCACAAGUACAUCAAACCUGGAGGUGCCUGUGGUGAGAGUGCUCCCUUCCAGAACGGUCCCUGCUACCCUGUUCUAAAGGAUGGUAUUUUAUCAACAGAAAUAUCUUAAAGUGUAUAAAGCAUUCCUUGUUUUUAUUGUGAAACUGUGCAUUCUAGUUGCUCUGAAUAUUUUAUGCUUGGUAUUCUUGGCCUCUCACUUAAUUUUCUGAAUUCUGAAUCGUUCCUCUAGUUAAGCAGGUACUUGGAAGUCCCAGCUCAGUCUGCAGUCAUUGAAAAGUUCAAAAGCCCGUAGAACAGCAAAAUCACCUUAGGUCUAAAGCUAACCUAGCCUCAAGCUCAGGUUCCCAGCUGAUGCUUCCACAGAAAGGGUUUUAAUGAAUCAGCUCCCAAACACACACACACACCCACACACACACACACACGCAGCUUUCUGUUCCCAAGAAAUCUUUUGCAGCUAAGUGGCUCUGAGUUCAAUGUGAGAACGCUGCUGUUGUGCUGCGCCGCAGGCAAUCUAUAGAAUCCUGCUAGACAUUAGAACAGGUAUUUCUGUUCCCUUGAUCACUUCCCCCGCCCCGCAGAAGAGUUUUGGACCAUCCAGGUUGAGGGUUUCCUAGCUGUGCCUCCAGCACUGAGUUCACAUCCAGCCCGGUAACACCAAAAGUGCUGCAACCAGCAGUGCAGUGCUUCCCUUCCUGAUUUUGAUUGGAUACAAGUAAGAUCUGGUGUACAAAAUGCGUAUUUUCCAAAUGAAUUAUUUCCAGGAAUCACCACAGAUGGGGGAAUUGUCAUUUUCAUUGUAUUUGUGUUUAUUAGAACAUAUGUACUUAUUACAAUUGUCAUUGUAAUAAACAGUAGUUCUUCAUAA